UCUAUUCUCUGAAGUCGGACAACUUUCUCUCUCCUCUGUCUUUUGCAUAUAAAUACUCGCGGCCUCACCCCCGCCUUUCUUACCUUCCUUCCUAUACUCCCGCACAUCUCUCUUUCUCUCUGAAUCUCCCUCUCUCUAGUCAACUAUUCUCUGUAAAAUACAGAUAGUAAGUGAAAAUGGUGAAGAUUUGCUGCAUUGGGGCUGGUUAUGUAGGAGGCCCUACUAUGGCUGUUAUAGCACUCAAGUGCCCAAAGAUUGAAGUUGUAGUGGUUGAUAUAUCUGUGUCUCGGAUCACUGCAUGGAACAGCGAGCAGCUUCCAAUCUAUGAGCCGGGUCUAGAUGAUGUGGUUAAGGAAUGCCGUGGAAGGAACCUUUUCUUCAGCACUGAUGUAGAAAAGCAUGUUGCUGAGGCUGAUAUUGUUUUUGUCUCUGUGAAUACCCCUACCAAAACCACAGGUCUUGGAGCAGGCAAAGCUGCUGAUUUGACCUACUGGGAGAGUGCUGCCCGUAUGAUUGCUGAUGUUUCAAAGUCUGACAAAAUCGUUGUUGAGAAAUCAACUGUGCCAGUGAAAACUGCUGAGGCAAUCGAAAAGAUUCUGACGCACAACAGCAAGGGAAUCAACUACCAGAUCCUUUCAAAUCCGGAGUUCCUUGCUGAAGGUACUGCUAUUCAGGACCUUUUUCACCCUGACAGGGUUCUCAUCGGUGGCCGGGAAACCCCAGCAGGCCUCAAGGCAGUCCAAGCAUUGAAGGAUGUGUAUGCUCAAUGGGUUCCUGAUGAACGGAUCUUAACCACCAAUCUUUGGUCUGCUGAGCUCUCAAAGCUUGCUGCCAACGCCUUCUUAGCACAGAGGAUUUCAUCUGUCAAUGCAAUGUCAGCUCUUUGUGAGGCUACUGGAGCAGAUGUUACCCAAGUCGCAUAUGCUGUUGGUAAGGACAGUAGGAUUGGGCAAAAGUUUUUGAACGCUAGUGUUGGUUUUGGAGGGUCUUGCUUCCAGAAAGACAUUCUGAACUUGGUUUACAUUUGUGAGUGCAACGGUCUCCCUGAGGUGGCCGAGUAUUGGAAACAGGUAAUCAAGGUGAAUGAUUAUCAGAAGAAUCGUUUUGUGAAUAGGGUUGUGGCCUCCAUGUUCAACACUGUAUCGAACAAGAAGAUUGCUGUUCUUGGAUUUGCAUUCAAAAAGGAUACAGGGGAUACUAGGGAGACACCCGCCAUAGAUGUGUGCAAGGGUUUGUUGGGAGACAAGGCAAGGUUGAGCAUCUACGAUCCACAAGUCACUGAGGAUCAGAUUCAGCGAGAUCUCACCAUGAACAAGUUUGACUGGGACCACCCAAUUCACCUCCAGCCCACAAGUCCCACAACUGUUAAGCAAGUGAGUGUUGUUUGGGACGCUUAUGAGGCCACCAAAGAUGCUCAUGCUGUGUGUAUUCUGACUGAGUGGGAUGAAUUUAAGAAACUUGAUUACAAAAGGAUUUUUGACAACAUGCAGAAGCCAGCUUUUGUGUUUGAUGGAAGGAACAUUGUGAAUGCAGAUGAGCUGAGGCAGAUUGGGUUCAUUGUGUACUCAAUUGGUAAACCUUUGGAUUCAUGGCUCAAGGACAUGCCUGCUGUGGCUUAAGAAUCAAUUGAGAAGUCUUUUGCUGGGGUUCCAAAUUCAGAGUUCAUACUUCAUAUCAGGAUUCAAUUUUAGUUUUCAUUCAUUCUUAGUUGUUGUACUUUUUGAUUUUCUCUUUCUUUUUAAUAUUGUUCUCCAGCAACCUAAAAAAGUUAUAUUAAUUAACUAGGAUCACAACCAUCUUUGCAGACUUGGUUGUGUCUCCAUAUUUUACCUUGAA